CAGGUAGAUGUCGUCCGGAUGGGUUAAUUUUGGGAAUACAUGCUACUAUUUUGGAUAUGAAAACGUAACAUUUGCGGAAGCUUAUAGAAAGUGCCAGCAGAUGCAAGGUCAACUAGUUGAGGUAGAAUGUGAAGCCGAAUGGGUCUUCUUGAAAACCCAAGCUGAGAAAAAAUCUCUUGAUGAAUUUUGGAUUGCACUCACUGACGCAUUUAAUGAAAAUGACUGGUCAUGGAUCAACACUUGGAGAACAGCCUCAUUUACUAGCUGGUCACCUGGGGAGCCAAACAAUUCCAAUUUGAAUGAGCAUUGCGUUCACGCGGUAGGGAGAAUACAAUACCAGUGGAAUGAUCUGAGCUGUAACAGACAAAUUCCGUAUAUUUGUGAAGCCUAAAUAUUUCCUACAUGAUUGUCAAGCUUAUGUUAGAAAACUGAUACUUUUCUUUCUGAUGAACAAAUCUAGACGUUUUAUUUUCUUAAUAAAUGGAGAUUCUAACUAGAGACAAGCGUAUUGCUUAUUCUGAAUAAUGUACCAUAAUUGAAGAAUCACUGUCUUUUCUGAGCAUUGGAUAAAGCUUAUUUGUAUACCAAAAAUUGUUCAUUACUGUGCUCUUAAUUUUUGAUUAAUAUGCAGCGAAAAAGCAUAAAAUUUGAUUGAUAUCUGUGCUGUUUGAUUGGUUAUAUAUGUUACGUGUUGAAAUACUGUUCGGAGCGGCUAGACAAAAAGAUAUUAGUACAGAAAGUACACUUGUAUAAUCACGGCAGACAGACUGGGCCAAAGUUUGAUAUUUUAAAAAUCAUAAUUACAAUAGGGGAGAGACGAAGUUUCUGAAGUUAGAACGUCUUUUGUUUCUUUAACAAUUUCUCCAUAAUCUAAAAUGACUUAGUUUAACAUUCUGAUGUGGCGUCGCCCAGAUAUAUCGGUAACCAUUAGUGACUAUAGAUACAUACAGGUACAAAAAUGCAAAAAUGAUACACUUUCAUAUUGAUUCUGGUAGAUCCCUUUCAUUUUGUAUUCAUUAGCAUUAAGUCAUUCUCGCAUACCAGGGGUCUACCAUGAUUCCAUAAUUCUUCUCAAGAUUUUGACGAACCUCAGAUAGAUGAGAAUGCAAUAAGUGUGCUAAGUGUAUUAAAUUUUAGUGUAUUAAAUUGAAAUUAAAACAUUUCUCAAUCUGCAAUUAAAUAAGACAAAUAAAAGUAUUUUGUACACAUUCUGUAGUAUUUCAACGAUAGAAUCGCUUGGUGAAUUUUACUGUCAUAGAUGUAAAUACUUGUAGCAGUGUUAAAUACGCUGAGUUCUUUUUUUUUCUUUUUCUUUAUUGAAAAUUGAAAAUACCCAAUAUAAAAAGUUGCGGUAUUAGUAGCCGAAUUGAUAUGGUUUGAAUCAUUAUUUUUGUGGGUAACACUCUGAGUUUGAACACUUAAUCUGAAUGAAGGCUUCAUUCAUAAAACGAAUCUGCCCAAUCUUCCCAAUUUGAUUUUGAAAGGUCGAUGGUUCAACCAAAAAUCUCGCCCUGGCCUAAGAUUAGCCUCGAUCUGCAACUGUUAAAAAACUCCUCAUUGUAUAUGCCUUAAUUACUCUGCCAGUAGAGCAUUAAAUUAUACCAUGCUGUGAUCGUUUGGCCCAUAAAGUACAAAACAUUAACGAAAUACAUCGUAAUUACCUUCUUGCAAACGUUUUCUUUUUUAUCUUCAAACUUAGAAGUCA